ACAAAGGAAGAGAGGCAGGGAAUAACUGAGAAGAUAUGGUGCGCUCAUGUGAACAAGGCAUCCCUGCCUGGGUCUAUGUGGGCACUCUGCUCCUCUUAAUCCACUUCAACUCUAUCACAGUUAGCGGAGCUGCCCUGAAGCAGGAGGUAGCAUUGGACAAUGGUGCAACGGUGCUGAAUCACUCCAUGAGUUUGGUGCAGCGCAUGGAGACCCUACUGGCCAUGGGGAACGGUAGUGAUAUCAUUCUCCGUCUGGAGACCAUCAACACGGACGAGGUGAAGGUGAUCCAGGCCCACAGCCUGGUUCUCACUCUGCAGAGUGAUGUGUUUGAGGAACUGCUGCUCACCCGCAACAACAGUGCUGUGGUUUUGAGGGAGACAUCUGACUGUGCAGCUGUCUUUGACAAGUUUAUCAGGUAUCUUUACUGUGGCGACAUCUCUGUGCGGUUAGGUCAGGCCAUUCCUCUACAUAAGCUGGCCAGCAAGUACCAUGUGUGGAGCUUGCAGCAGGGUCUGACCCAGUAUAUGACCCAACAUCUGUCUAGUGAUUCCCCCGCAGGCCAUGUGGUUGGUUGGUACAACUAUGCACUACAAAUUGGGGACAUGGCCCUGCGGGACAGCUGCCUGCAGUACCUGUCCUGGAACUUGUCUUCUGUGCUGCAGAGCGAAGAAUGGGGUUCCAUCAGUGAAGACCUGCUCCUCUCCUUGCUCCAGCGAUCUGACCUCAUUUUGCAGAGUGAGCUGGAGCUCUAUGAGGCCCUGGAGGCCUGGAUUAGCCUGAACCAGCCUGUCAGUAUGACAGUGGAGAGUGCCCUAAGGGCUGUUCGAUACGGCAUGAUCCCCCCUCAGUAUCUCUUCCGUCUUCAAAAGCAAUCCCCCCUCAUGCUGAAGUAUUAUGAGUCUAUCCGUGAUCUCCUCUAUCUAGCUUUCCAAUUCCACUCUGCCUCACCUAUCCAAUUGGCCAAGUACUUUGAUGUCAACUGCAGCAUUUUCACUCCCCGUAACUACCUGUCCUCCUCCUGGGGUUCCCCUUGGAUCAUCAAUAACCCCACCCGCGAUGACCGUAGUUUCAGCUUCCAGACCCAGCUCGGGCCCAGCAGCCAUGACUCCAGUAAAAGGGUGACAUGGAAUGCCCUUUUCUCCCCUCGCUGGCUCCCACUCAACGCCAGGUCAACCUAUACUGAGCUGGGUGCCAUGCAGCCUACCCGCACAGAUGGAGGUCGACCUCGCAUCAUUGUUACACCAGCCACUUCUAGUCCAGAUUUUGCCGGUGUGAGCUUCCAGAAGACGGUAAUCGUGAUGGCAAGACAGCAAGGAAAAAUAGUGGUUCGCCAUGUCUACAACUUCCACCAAAGCACUGAGGAGGCUGGGGAUUUCCUGGUGGAUGCUGACCUGCAGCGCCGUGCAUCUGAGUACCUAAUCGACAGCUCCCUCUAUCUGCACAUUGUAAUAAAACCUCUCUACCAUACCCUCCUUGUCGCCAGGAAGUAAAGGCAGCAAUUUGGUGUGGCCUCACCAUCAGUUAUCCACCUUCCACCCACACAAUCACAAUGCAUAUAUUCCAAAGUACACUCAUAUCACAGCAUAUGUUUGUUCGUCAGGUAUGGGACAUCUCCAUUGUUGAUUAGUUUGUGCAUUUUGUUGUCUUCCAACUAUUUAGCAUGGAGGUGUCUGAUUCACUACUCACAGUAUUCACAGUUUAAUGGAUUAGCAGUAAUUAUCACAUAUAUGAUGGUGGGUUUACAAUAUUUCAUGUCUAAGAAAAAAAAACACUUCACUGUACUGUAUUUUGGUCAGGUAUUGUAUGGUCUGGCAGUUUGUUCCUUGAAUUUAUUAAAUGGUUAAAGUUGUUUGCAUAGGUGCUAUAGUAGUUUUACUUUAAAAUAAAAUGUCAUUGUUAUUAAUUUUAUGCAUUUCACCAUUAAGCAGUCAAUUAUAGAUUUUUAGUUUAUGGCACUAAUAUUCUGUGACAUAUAGUUAUAUUUGUUGUUUGCUGUUUACAUACCAAAUUGUGUAAAAUGAAGUGCAAUCCCAUUAUCAGUGUUCCUUUGUAUUCCAUAGUUGACAUGCAAAACACUGGAGACUG